UAUGGCAUGGCAGCCUGAAACAUUUGCAAAGAAAAGGGGGAAACUAAGCAGUAUUUUUUUCCCCCUGGAAAACUACAUUUUUCUUUCUGCAACUAACACGAAACAAAUCGGACUGUAAAGGGGUCUGUCGUGGAAUCGACUAUUGUGGAUUAUUUUUCUGUGGAUAAAAAAAACGGAUACUUUUGGAAGACCGAACUCGUGGAUCGAUGAGAGAAGACUGGCAGAGAAGCUCCCCGGCUGACUAUAGAGAGUGAAGAAAUUGUUGUAGCGCUCAGAGGAGGCGAACAACGCACAGGUUGUCUGUUGCUGCUGCCUUCGGAGCCAUGAGCAGAGCGCUUAUAUCGGACCAUAUCGCCAAUAGCUUCCGAGAAGAUGCUCCCCGUCCCCCGGUCCCGGGGGAGGAGGGCGAGGUGCUGCCGUGCUACCCCGGCAAACUCGCCAUGAUGAGACCCCAGGGUACCGCAGUCAAAGCGCUUUUGCUCGCGCCUCCCUGUUACACUGCGAAGAGGAACGAGGAUGGACUUGGGGAACCCGAGGGGAGCGCGUCACCGGAUUCGCCGCUAGCCCGGUGGACCAAGUCGUUGCAUUCUCUACUUGGGGACCAAGACGGUGCUCUUCUUUUUAGGACAUUCCUGGAGCGCGAGAAAUGCGUCGACACUUUAGACUUUUGGUUCGCCUGUAAUGGUUUCAGGCAGAUGGACCUCAAGGAUACCAAAACGCUGCGAGUCGCCAAAGCUAUUUACAAGCGCUAUAUUGACACCAGCAGCAUAGUUGCCAAGCAGCUCAAGCCUGCGACCAAAACCUUCAUUCGGGAUAAUAUCAAGAAGCAACAGAUUGAUUCGGCUAUGUUCGACCAGGCACAGACCGAGAUCCAGACCAGCAUGGAGGAGAGCCCCUACCAGAUGUUCUUGACCUCGGACAUUUACCUCGAGUAUGUGAGGAGCGGGGGCGAGAACCCUGCUCAUGUGAACCCUGACGGGCUAGGUAGCCUGAAGCUGGUGUGUGGGUACCUGCCCACCCUGAAUGAGGAAGAGGAGUGGAGUUGUAAUGAUUUCAAAGCCAAAGCGCUGGCUUCUGUGGUUGGACUUUCUUCCCAGGCGCUGAGGGCAACAGUGUCUAUGAGGACGGUGGAGGUGAUGGAGAAGGGGUACAGGUCCCACAGGCGAGGGGACCCGGUCAACCCGUACCAUGUGGGCUCAUUUGCCCCAGCCACCAGCACCAACGACAGCGAGGUGUCCAGCGACGCCAUGACAGACGACUCCAUGUCCAUGACCGACAGCAGUGUAGAUGGCAUCCCUCCCUACAAGCUGGGCUCCAAGAAGCACAUGCAGAGAGAGAUGCAGCGCAACAUGAGGAUGAACAGCCAAGUCUCCCUACCUGCCUUCCCUCGGACACAGAGAUGUCCUAAGGAGAUGACUCCGGUAGAGCCGGCAGCGUUUGCGUCUCAGCUCAUCUCUCGUCUGGAGCGGCUGAAAAGAGAGCAGGAAACCAUGAGUUCCCUGGAGGAGAGGCUGCAGCAGAUGCAAGAGGAGGAGGAGAGGGACGAGGCUGAGGUGCCCGGCAGUAGUGCCCCCCUGCUCUCCCCCCACCCCGUGUCCCUCCAGCCCACCGGCCCCAACGACGAGGACCCCCAGGCCAUCCUGGACGACCACCUGUCCCGUGUCCUAAAAACCCCUGGCUGCCAGUCCCCCUCCACCGUGGCCCGCCAUUCGCCCCGCUCCCACUCUCCAGAGCACAGGACUCUUUCCCGGGGAGCCCCCGGUCUCAAGCCCCUGGUCUCACCCGGGGCCUCCAGCCCCAGUGGCACCUCCAGCUUAGGGGGCUUCUCAGUAGGUUUCACCCCAGGAAGGGCCCUCUCCCUGGGCAGGCCCAGCAGCAGCACCAAGCACAUCCACCACCACUACAUCCACCACCACGCCGGUUCCAAGAGCAAGGAGCAGCUGGAGAGAGAGGCAGCCCAGAGGGUGUUGUGUCUGUGCCCGGUGCGGUCUGGAGGGGCAGAGGGGGUUCCCCCUUACCCACGCAGUCGCAGCCUGGGCAGGGAGAUGGUGUCCUGUGGCAGCAGUCCCGCAGAGUCCAACAUGGGGCGCUCCAGUUCCCUUUCCCAAGGGGGGUGUCGGUCGGGGGCUGAGGAGGGGGCAGCAGAGGGGCGUGAGGUCGUGCCCCUCCAGCUACCCAGCGACAGCACAGACCGCUCCCAGAACGUGUGGCAGUGGAUCCUGGAGAGUGACCGGCAGGGAAAGCACCACAAACCCCACAGUACCCAGAGCACUAAGAAGGCGUAUGGCGGCGGAGCGGCGUCCAACCAGACACACACGUGGGGUGGCGGAGGUGCCAGCGCCCAUCUCCGUGCCCACCAGCCCGCCCAUCCCUUCAUCCAGGACCCGGCCAUGCCCCCCCUGCCCCCGCCCAACACCCUGUCCCAGCUGGAGGAGGCCUGUCGCAGACUAGAGGAGGCCUCCGUCUCCAAACCCCCCAAACAGAGACACUCUACAUCCAGCCUCCAGAGAGAGAAGUGCCACCCUAUGCCUGUCCAGAGUGGGCCCUGUCCAGCCUCAUCCCCCCCUGGUCCCUGUCCAGUGCCGUUCAGCCCUGCACUCACCCCUGGUCCCGGCUCCGGCCCUGCUGCCUCUCUCCAAACAGAAGAACUGAGAGUCCCCAACAGGGUGCUCCAGGUGACAACAGGCGGCCAUGUUGCUCCAGCCAUGGCUAGUGAGACAGAGGUAACCUACUUCUUCUGUGGUGAGGAGAUUCCCUACCGUAGGCGGAUGAAGACACACAGCCUCACACUGGGACACUUUAAAGAACAGCUCCGCAAGAAGGGACACUACAGGUACUACUUCAAGAGGGCCAGUGAUGAGUUUAAGUGUGGAGCCGUGUUCGAGGAGGUGUUGGAUGACAGCUCUGUCCUGCCCAGGUACCAGGGGAAGAUCCUGGGCAAGGUGGAGAGGAUGGACUGAUACCCCUCCAGAAGUACCAGAGGAAUAUAUAACAGAAACACACUCCAUGGACACCUCACCCCUGUUCCACCAGAGAGUCUUAAAGCUAAGGACUGGUGACUGGAGAUUCUAUUGAAGAAGCUUGGCCAAUGAAGGAUGGAGAGCGGAGUAGAGGAGUAGCCAUCAACAGUCGAAUUUAUUUAACAAAAACAUCUAGUCUUGGAGAUGAAAGAGGAGAAAAUGGUGGACUGUGGGUUGGGUUUGGAUACGGGUGUUGGGUUCCAGAAACUAUACGUGAAUUGAAUGACCACUGUCUGAGGGAGUAGGCGGGGACCUCUGAUACCUGAGAGACUGCUAGAGGUGAAAGGUUGAGAAGUGAAAGUUGGGACUGGUGCCCUAUCUGAGCCUGCCUCUACCAACAACCCUAGAUGUAUAUGCAGAUGGACAUAUAUAAUGAUUUUUUGAUAAAUGUAAAGAGUUUAUUAAUUAUUUAUUGAAAUGUCACUCCCCUCCCCAUAGUCCUGUGGAUGGACAAGCUGCUUGGAGAAUUGGGAGAUGUCAUCUCCAAUAUUUCAAAUGCAAAGUAUUUAGUUUUCCACCCUCCACUUUCCUGCCUUGUCAACUAAUCCUGUGGCAGUGUUUUCUGUUCUGAUCAGUCAGUGACUUCCUGUACUAACUUCACAGUAUGGUGUAGCGCAGGUACCACAGCCCUGUAGUCUCAUGUCUCAGUGCCUUUGUUUUGUUGCCCAGGCUUUGCACAGGGAAAGAGCCCACACUUAGGACAACACUACCCCCGAACUGGCCCUAAACUGGCCCAGAGCACCAAACUACCCCAUAUUGCAGAAACAUGCUAACAUAGGUUUACACCUGUUAAAGACAAGCCCACCAAAUUAAUCUAUACCAGCAAAGCUCAACAGUUGUUUUGUGUAUAGCCACCCCUCAUUCCUUGAUGUCCAGGCUUCUGAGCAGAACGACAGAUCUAGGGUGUAUUCAUUAGGCCGAACGGAAGAAAACUGACAAACAGGGAGGGACUACCUUUCCUGGAUCUGUCCAAUAAGAAACACACAUUUUCAUUUUGUUUAGCAAAACCGGUUCUGAUACGUGUCCUAAUGAGUACGACCAUGUCUGCCUUCGGGAGACUAGUCCCCCCCCUCCAAAAAAAUGUUUUGUCCCCCCACAAAUGUUAGUGGUAUUUACGCCUCUGGUAUUGAAUUGACCAGUCUCUCCUGUGUGUCUUGUUAACCCUGCGUUGCCAGAGGAAGAGGUUAUGAUGCUAACACACACUACGAUGCUGCGUCUCAAACGCCACCCUAUUUCCUAUGACCAGGGCAAGAGUAGUGCACUCCAUAGGUAAUAGGGUGGCGUUUGAGAGGAAGCUGUAGUGUUUUACUGAGUACAGUAGCUGUGCCUACAUGGAUCUCUUUACCGUGUUACUACCCUGUUAUCAGGGUAUGAUACUCCCUUGGUUUUCACAAGGGGCUUAUGUUCAAAAGAGUUUAUUACUAUGCCUUUUUAGUAUCUCCUUGUAAUCAUGUUUGUUUUAUAAUAUUUUUCAUGGCUUUUUUUGUUUUUGUUCCACUUGUAUUAAAACUGUAAAUGAUGUAUUCUAUUCUAUAGAGCUCCAUUGGAAAGACGCCUCGGUACUUUAAUUAAUGUAAUUAUUAUUAUAAAGAGAUGUAGCCUUUAUUAAAUUUUAUAUUUUUCAAAUGAAA